UUUGUCUGUCUGGAACCCUGCAACAGGACUGAGACCAGACUAUUCCACCAGCGUGACCUCAAAGGUUGAAAGGCAGAUCUUUCUUGGUAUCCAUCUGUGCACAGGCUUCAACUGCUACUGUUAUUUCUUGCCUGUCUUACCUUUCCAUCUGUUUGUCCAUAGGCCUGCUUUAAGGCUGGUCAGUACUGCAAGAAAGGAAAGAAGGAAGAGACUGGCUCAAGUUUCUGGAGGCUGGACCCCUCCCCACCGCAGUCAGCUGUGGGGCUUGACACCAGUUGCUCAAAGAGAGGAGGGGGAGAUUGCACCACAUCAGUGAAGAUCCUUUUCUAGUGGCUAACCGGUAGUGUUGGAAUUGCUGUGGACCACCACCCGCAACUGGUCUGCACCCACCAGGAGCCAUCCAUCCUCCCCCAGCUUGGUUUUGCCUCCUCUGAAUUUUGUAAAUUUGACUGAGACUGUGCUUGCAAAGCAGGGUGAUUGGCUGCUGGACUGGCAAGUGACUCUUAACUUUUUGAAAUUUUCAUUUGAAACAACAGAGUGUAAAGGUGUAAAACAUUGACAGAUCUGCAAUCAACGCCAAGACCUGAGUAGAGGUUGUUAAUUUGGUCGUGUCUGUAACUUUGUAUCAUGACUGGGGCAGAGGCUGAGACUAAUGCUCAUGCUAAGCCUAGAAAGAAGGGUGGGGAGGAGGCUGUAGGUGGGGCUGAGAGAGAGAAUGAAGUUCCUCUGGUGGUCAGACCCAAGAUUAGAAACCAAGCUCAGGAAGUGCCUGGGGCAAGGCCCAAAACUGAAGCACAAGCAGUGGCUGGGGCAAGGCCCAAAACUGAUGCGCAGGCAUUGGCUGGGGCAAGGCCCAAAAUUGAAACGCAGACAGCGGCUGGGGCAAGGCCUAAAACUGAAGCUCAGACAAUGGCUGGGGCAAGGCCCAAAACUGAUGCCAGGGCAGUGGGUGGGGCACGUCCUAAGACUGAAGCCAAGGCACUUCCUGGGUCAAGACCCAAAGGUAAAGCUCAGGCAUGGGUGCACACUGAAUUUGGGGCUGAGGCACUGUCUCAAGCAGAGGGUAUGUCCCAGCCUAAUGCUGUCACUUGGCCACUGGUCAGUUCUGAGUCUCGGUCAGCUACUAAAUCUAAUGUGGAUGGAGAACUGGACAAUAUGGAUGCUGAACCAUUUUCUACCACCCAGAAUCAGACAGGAAUCCAGUCCUGGUUUAGACCAGGGGAGGAGACUGAUAUGGGGUCUUGGUGUUAUCCUAGGCCCCGAGCCAGAGAGGAGACCUCUAAUGAGUCUGGAUUCUGGUCAGCAGAUGAGACCUCUACAUCAGUGUCUUCUUUGUGGGCUGGUGAAGAGCCCAGUAUCAGAUCAUGGCCCAAGGAAGAAGCCAGUACUAGGUCUAGGCACAGGGCUAAACAUCAGACUAAUAAUUCUGGGUCCAAGCCCAGAUCAAAGCAAGAGCCCUAUGUUGAUUCCUGGUCUGGAUCUGAGGAUGAAACUGGCAGCCCCUUCUUCUGGGGUGGAGAAAAUGCCAAUAACAUAUUCAGGCCCAGAGUCAAGGACGAGGCAAAUACUAGGUCCAAGCUCAGGACAAAGAUGGGGGACUGUUUUGAAUCAGAGUCUGAAGAUGAGUUCUAUAAGGAGUCCUGGCUUUUACCUGGGGAAAAGGAAAAUACUAGAUUCAAGCACAGAGACAAGGGAGAGCCCAAUACUAUUUUGAAAUCACGGGCCGUCAAAGAUGUUAAUAACCAUAACAGUGCCAACCAAGAGCACAGGUUGGAGGAGGAAGUCAUUAUUGGGUCCUGGUUCUGGACAGAAAAAGAGGCCAGUUUGGAGGCUGGGGCUUCAGCAGUCUGUGAGUCUGAGCCAGGAACUGAGGAAGGGGCUAUUGGUGGAUCCCUGUUUUGGACCGAGGAAAAGUGUAAUUUGGGGGCUGUGGCCAGAGAAGAGGCCAAGCCAAAGUCCGAAGAAGAGGCCAUAUUUGGAUCCUGGUUCUGGGAUAGAGAUGAAGCCUGUUUUGAUGUGAAUCCUAAUCCUGUAUAUAAGGCCAGUAACAGGUUCAGAGAUUCAGUUGAACAGGAAAUUGAUACAUCAUCUAGGCCCCAAACUUGGGAAGAGGUCACUGUUGAAUUCAGACCUGCCCCUUGCCAUGAAAUUGGCUUCCCAUCCACAAGCCAGUUUACACUUGCUGAAGGGGCUUCUGAAACAUUUGAGACAAAGCCCGUGCCUGUGGAGCCUAGCCCAGACAGGGAAGAGCAGGAAUCCUUGCCUCAGCCUGAUGAGCCUGGACCUGAGUACCCAUUUCAGUAUGAUCCUUCCUACCGCUCAGUCCAGGAAAUUCGAGAGCACCUUAAGGAAAAGGAAAAUGCAGAGACUGAGAACUGGUCCUGCACCUGCAUACAAUGUGAGCUUAGAAUCGACUCUGCAGAGUUUGAAGAACUCCUUUUACUGAUGGACAGAGUGCGUGAUCCUUUCAUCCAGGAAAUAUCUAAAAUUGCAAUGGGGAUGAGAAGUGCUUCUCAGUUUACCAAAGAUUUUAUUCGGGAUUCAGGUGUAGUCUCACUUAUUGAAACCUUGCUCAAUUAUCCAUCCUCCCGAGUUAGGACACAAUUUCUGGAAACCAUGCUUCAAAUGGCUCCACCUUAUCCAAAUCUAAACAUGAUUGAGACAUUUGUCUGUCAAGUGUGUGAAGAGACACUUUCUCUUGGGGUAGAUUCCCUUGAGCAGAUGCUUGGACUAAGGAUGCUUAGACACCUCACUAUGACGACUGACUAUCAUGCACUGAUUGACAAUUAUGUGUCUGGAUUUCUUUCCUUAUUAAUCACAGGCAAUGCAAGAACAAAAUUUCUUGUUCUGAAAAUGCUACUCAAUUUGUCCAUAAAUCCUAUGGUGAUAAAAAACCUAUUCAGUGCCAAAGCCCUAUCAAUAUUUAUAGGUCUCUUUAACAUAGAAGAGUCACAUGAUAAUAUUCAAAUUGUUGUUAAGAUGUUUCAGAACAUCAGUAAUAUUAUAAGAAAUGGCACAUUAUCCUUAAUUGAUGAUGAUAUCAGUCUUGAGCCACUUACAUCUGCAUUCCAUGAAUUUGAGGCUUUAGCUAAGCAACUACAAAUCCAAAUAGACAAUCAAAAUGAUCCUGAGACAGGACAACAAAGUUAAUAUGAUUAAUCACCUGCCCCUGCUCAGCCUUAUGCUCCCAAAGAGCCCUGAACAGUGCUUUUGGUGUUCACAGUCUGGUUUUGUGUUGUAACUUAUAUUUGUAACGUUGAUGUUAAUCUUUGUUGAACUCUUGUUUUGAGCUGAAUUGUUUUGUGGAUGCCAAAUUAAUAUUGCAACUGAAAAUGCAAUUGUUGAAAUUUGUCUUGUUGUUCAGAUGUGAUAUUUUUGUUGUUUGGCUUCUAAUGAACUGUGCCUGAAUAAGCUGC